AACAACCCUCACCCCAAAAGGAUAGCUUCCUUAGCCCGCCACUUGCGGUGGCACCCACGCCAUCUCAUCUCAUCCCCUUCCGUCCUCGGAACUGUAAUCGCGACGUAGAAACACCUCGAUAAAGCCUGACUCGAAAUCCGAAUCGCGGAAUGUCGGCGGUAACUUUCAAUGCCCCGCAACUCACGGCGCCAGGCGCGCCGUUCGUUACGGUGGAGAAGCCCGUCGAGGCGCCGCCGGCGGGGAAGGUUCGCGUGAAGGUUCACGCGUGCGGCGUGUGCCACGGCGACGUGGUUACGAAAUUCGGGCUCCUGGGAACCACGUUCCCGCGUGUUCCGGGACACGAAAUAGCAGGCGUGGUUGACGCCGUAGGACCCGCCGUAGAAGGCGCCGCAACAGGCGCCGUAGGAAGCGGAGCGAAGCCGCAGUGGAGUGUUGGGGAUCGCGUAGGGUUAGGUUGGUUCGGCGGGUGCUGUGCCACGUGUCGCUCGUGCAGGGAGGGAGAUCUGAUCUGCUGCGACAACCUCGAGAUUACCGGCGCGCAUUUCGACGGUGGUUACCAGCCGUAUGUUACUGUCGCCGCGAACGCGCUGGCGAGAAUUCCGGACGAGCUCACUUUCCAGGAAGCUGCGCCGCUGAUGUGUGCAGGCUUGACUGUGUUCAACAGUCUGCGGCAUUCAGGUGCUUUUUCAGGUGCCACUGUUGGCGUGCAGGGGCUGGGGGGACUGGGCCACCUUGCCGUUCAGUAUGCCAGCAAGAUGGGGUAUGAGGUGGUGGCCUUUUCCCGUGGCAAGAGCAAAGAGGCAGAGGCGAGGAGGCUGGGAGCACACCACUACAUUGACACCACGGAGGAGGGCUUUCAGGAGAAAGUUCAGGCGCUAGGCGGAAUCAAGGUGCUCUUAGCCACUGCUCCCAGUGCCAGUGCUAUGACCACCGUCCUCCCCACCCUUGCCAAGAAUGGCACCCUUAUUGUGCUGGGCGUGGGAGGCCACGACGACUGCACCAUGGGAGUGGAUCCGGGGUUUCUGAUCGCCGGCAGGAGGAGGGUAAUGGGAUUCCCAUCGGGGCAGCCCAGUGACGCCGAGGAUACUCUCAACUUCGCCGCCCGGCACGGCAUUCGGCCAAUCAACGAGGUGUUUCCCGCCAGCCAGGCGUCAGAGGCCUUCAAUCGAAUGAUGAGCAAGGAAGCCAUUUUCCGAGUUGUUAUAGACCAUACACUGUAGACGUAUCAGAUGUGAGGUAACCAUUAUCUUGUUGACAUCACUAUCAAGUUUGCCACCCGGCAUGGCAUGCUCCUGCCAGUAAGCCGUCAGAGGCCUUUGAUCGCACGAUGAGCAAGGAAGCCAUUUUCCUAGUCAACUUGUUACAGACCAUACCAUACAGUGUAGAGUCUACACUGUAGACAGAUGUGUAACGGAAUGUGUUUUGACCCAGCAGCAGGGCCUAUUUUAUCAGAGUAAUUUACUCUGUUUCUCUGAAAAU